AAGCAUACUCACAGCAAGAUCAUAAUGCUUACUUCGAGCGUGAUGACACCCAUGGCUAUUAAUCCGCCUUUGCGCGGAGUUGUUGAGCUCAAGAUCAAUCAAUUCAACGAACUGAAAGAAGACUUCAAGGCUCGCUACGGUAUCGGCACUCCAGGCCCUACCAAUGUCAACCUUUUCGAGAGGAUAGCUACGCUUAUCAGGAAUAUCAAGCAAUAUGACUCGUACCUUGAAGUCGAUGACGAUCUCACAAUCAUCUCGCGCUACGUCGAGAACGUACACGACAGCGCUAUCUCGCAUGAGAAGCUUGUGAGUCUCGAAAAACAAAUCAUGAACAAGCUGUAUAAGCAGUUCAAUCGGUACGAGACCACCGCACUUCACUUCGAUCUGAUGAAGGAAGUCAUCGAGUCGGCUCAGCCUGGAAGAUCGCCAUCUUCUGGUCUCAACGCUUUGUCACUGGAGGAUGACUUCGAAGUCGUCGAAGAUGGACUUGAAGCUCUAUGGGAGAAGUUCGAGGCCGAAGCAUUUACAGCCAAGGACGUUGAUGUCGAGGCAUUGGAAGCAUACCUUGCAGGCAUCAUGGAAAGCAACGGCUCAUCAGAAGAUUUGGAUGAACUUCGAGACGACAUGCGCCGGUACGGCGAGGACAUACUCGACGGGGAAGGCGAGAUCGACGAAGAUGUGCUGGAGUGGUGCAUCAUGGACUUACUCGAGAACGAUCUCCUCAGCGAUGAGAAGAAGAAGACGCUUGAAGGCUACAUCCAAAGCCAAGUCGCGGUCAAAGAGCUUCUCGGUGUACUAAACAUGAAGUCCAUCCGCCAAUGGAGUUGGAAGUGUACCAAUAAGGGAAUACCUGUCACCGCCCAUCAGGAUGCCGAGGGUCAAUACCACAUCAUUGUCGAUGAAGACUUAAUCGACACACUGUUUCUCCACUGUGUGGCCGUUGGCUGGGCACAAAAGCUCAAGACAUGUCUCUCGGACUACAUUCGGUAUACGGAUCGAAACAACAGACGCAGCCUUUCUUCGGCUGACCGCAAGGAGCAGGAGUUCUUCCUGGAGACGAUGCCAUUUGAGCCUCCUCCUCCUCCACCAGAGCCUUGCCCGGAAGUGUUGGAGUGCCCCCUUCCCCCUCCGCCGCCGCCACCGCCAAACGUUGGGUUUCCACCCGGUAUGUGGGCCAUACCUCCAUAUGCGAAGAACAAGAUGAAGAAGAAGAUCCCAAAAGCUUACCCGGGGCCAAUGUGCGUUGUACCACCACCGCCGCCACUCCCUUUCCCGAUAGGAGCGCCCCCACCCCCACCCCCGCCUCCAAUGUCAAUAUUCCACAUGUCGCCCGAUACUUUGGAUAACGAGAGGCACAGAGCCUACAAGGCGUACUUUUUUAUGUCUCGCCUUCCAAGCGAAGACGGCUGCAGGCCUAAAGUCGUACCAUCGCAGGAGGUCCAAGCCAACCUGAUUAAGACGCUUGCUGCAGAGAUCAAACUCCGUGCAGUCUUUGAUGAUCAGCCAAUAUGCUCGGUUGUCGACUUCCACUCUCUUACGACAGCACUCCCGCAUGAGACCGUUCUAGAAACUCUGAAGUUUUUGGGAGUCCCAAAGGUUCUGACUGAUUUCUUUGCUCGCUACCUCGCAGUGAAGUUGAACAUCGGUCCUUCAGUCCGUGGCACACGGGAUCGUGUUCUGACCAGGGCUUGUGGUGUUCCUGAGCGUCACGGUCUGGAGCUGCUCUUUACCGAGGCGGUAAUGUUCUUUGCUGAGCUGGCUGUUAUGAAAAAGGUAGGCCUACCAAUGUAUCGCCUGGGGUCCCGGUGCUAUUUCGUUGGCACCGAAGAGCAUAGUGAUGCAGCUUUGCAAGAGCUGGCUAUCUUCGCGCAACACACGAAGCUCGAAUUCGAUGAUGUCUCAGUACAGCCUGAGCACCUUCACAUCGGCUUCCUGGAGCUCUCAGCGGAUGCGCUCACCAUCAAUCAAUCUGCAGUGGAGAAUUAUGCCCUUCGGAUCAAAAAGCAACUCGCAGCGCAGACUAAUGUGUAUGACUGGGUGCGCAUCUGGAACAGCACUGUAGGUACCUACGCCGCCCACCUGUUCGGUCCACUCAUCGACCUGUUUGGAAAAGAUCACCUGUGUUUGGUGAAAGCUGCAUAUCACAAGAUUUUCGGCAUCGUCUUUGAGAGCGGUACUGACCUCACUGAUCACGUGAGGCGCAUGCUUUGCACACGUUCAGACUUUGCUCGAACCAUCCUACCGCUUACACUUGAAGCCAUAAUCUACCUCCCGCAAUCCUUCGGAGGCCUCGGCGUCCAGAACCCACUGAUUCCACUCAAUCUUGCCCGUAACGUUCAUGCUGAGCCCGACGCCGCAAUUAAGAAGUAUCUCGACGUCGAGGCAAAGUACCACGACGCUGCUCUUCGAAACUGGUCUACGCUUACACCAGACAACAUCACCAAGAAACACGCCGCGGUCUUCGCAGGCAGCAACGACCAUGCCAUCGCCUCAUCCCGCGGCGCAGAUUCCAGUCCCAUUGCUUUCAUGACCAAGGAAGCCCUUACCAGACAUCGCGAGUACACGCUGUUCCCCCAUCUCCCAUACACUCUACUGCACGAAUAUGAUCAGUUAUUCACCCGUUUUCCACUACAAAACCCGCAGAUCCCGCAUCUCCUCGGCUUGUAUCAAGCGCUCCUCAAUGAGCCGACUGACAAUGUUAUCGCCAGCGAGCGCAUAAGGGAUGAGGCGAGGGAGUACGGGCUGUGCAAGCGUUGGGAAGAACUUAGCAAGGAGGACCAAUGGGUUUUGACGAUGUAUGGAGAUGAGUGCUUGGAGAGAUUUGGCGGGUUAGAUGUCUGGUGUGAGAGGUAUGUGCCUAUGAUUGCUAUGGCGAUGGUUAGGGGCGUGGAGGGGCGUGUGUAUGAAGAUGGAUCGAGUUGUAGUAAUAUGUCUAGUGUUUCUUGAGUGUGGCAGUAGGACUGAAGAUGUCAUGAGUUUCGUAUCUUGCUGUCGUUGACUUUUUUGUGUCAUCUACACGUUAUCGAUGGC